AUGUUCAUCGAUAACGAAGCUUCUUCUUCCAGAGUGUUUUCCAAUUUGUUUUUCUUUUUUGCCGGAAAUAUUGAAUUAAAGCCAUGUCUCUGCUUCAAAAACUAAGCAAAUCGGCGCUCCAGAUGGGCUCCUUCGUUGGCCGCCGGCGCAUGCCGGUGACCUUGCGCUUGCUGAGCGGAGAUACGGAGAAAACACCAACGGCGGAGGCGGUUGCUCCAGUGGAGACUUCGGCGGAAAGCAGCGGCAGCAAGGGCGGAUUUGCCCGUGCCUUCGACAAGUACACGGCUCCCGCCACGCCCGAGCAGCCACCGGAGGACAAUCAGACCUUUGCCUCCCUGCUAAGGAACUCGAAGUUCGUGGAUCUGGGCAGCGCCGAGGGCAAGGUAGUCAGCGGCAAGAUAUUCCAUGUUGUGGGCGACGAUCUCUACAUAGACUUUGGUUGGAAGUUUCAUUGUGUCUGCACUCGUCCAGCUCGCAAUGGCAGCGACUAUGUCAAGGGAGCCCGCGUACGUCUGCGCGUCAAAGACCUAGAGCUGUCGACCCGUUUUCUAGGCUCAUCCAAGGACAUCACCAUCUUGGAGGCAGACUGCCAGCUGCUAGGCCUCCUGUCCUCGCCCACCCGCCAGUCGACGGCCAGAACGGCGCCCAAGAUCGAAGACAUCCUUUAAAUCAUUUAUUCUGUGCAUUAAACCAAGGUUCGUUAAUCGUUA